AUGUCAGAUUUUGGUUCUCGUCAAGUACCUUUGAUCCCCCCAGAAAUCUUACCUAUAGAAGUCAAAAGAGAAAAUGAAUAUGGUACUCUAACUUCAAAACGUUACCUAUACAACGUCAAAAGUCUAAAUGGAAAAUCUUUGAAACCUCCAAUUUUAGAUACCCCCCCAUAUCACAUCUCCUUAAUCACCUAUUUAAAUUAUUUGAUCUUAAUCAUAUUGGGUCACAUUCAUGAUUUCUUAGGUUUGAAAUUUCAAAGAGAUAAACAUUUAGAUAUCGUAGAACAAAAUGGUUACGCUCCUUGGUUCUCAAAAUUCGAAAGUUUUUACGUCAGAAGAUUGAAAAAAAGAAUUGACGACUGUUUCUCAAGACCAACUACAGGUGUCCCUGGUAGAUUCAUUCGUUGCAUAGAUAGAGUCUCUCACGAUUUCAACGAAUAUUUCACCUACAACGGUAAAACUACCAUGUGUUUGAACUUAUCCUCUUACAACUACUUGGGUUUCGCUCAAAGUGAAGGUCAAUGUACAGAUGCUGCUAUCGACACCGUCAGGAAAUAUGGUAUCAACGUCGGUGGCCCAAGAUCUCAAAGUGGUACUACUGAUUUACAUAUAGAAGCUGAAAAUUUAAUAGCAAACUUUUUGGGUAAAGAAGAUGCAAUGGUUUUCUCAAUGGGUUACGGUACUAACGCUAAUUUCUUUAAUUCUUUCUUGGAUUCAAAAUGUUUGGUCAUUUCAGAUGAAUUGAACCAUACUUCUAUUAGAACAGGUGUAAGGUCAUCAGGUGCCGCUGUCAGAACUUUUAAACAUAACGAUAUGAAAGCUUUGGAAAAAAUCAUCAGAGAACAAAUUGUCAUCGGUCAACCAAAGACUAACCGUCCUUGGAAAAAAAUUAUCAUUUGUGUCGAAGGUUUAUAUUCAAUGGAAGGUACUUUAUGUAAUUUACCUGACUUGAUUGCCUUGAAGAAGAAAUAUAAAUGUUAUUUAUACGUUGAUGAAGCUCAUUCCAUCGGUGCCAUGGGUCCUCGCGGUCGUGGUGUUUGUGACGUAUUUGGUGUUGAUCCAAAUGAUGUAGAUAUCUUAAUGGGUACUUUGACUAAAUCUUUUGGUGCCGCUGGUGGUUAUAUUGCUUGUGAUAAAUGGAUCAUCGAUAAGUUUAGAUUGGAUUUGACUACAGUAAAUUAUGGUGAAUCAAUCGCCGCACCUGUAUUGGCUCAAAUUAUCUCUUCAAUGAAAACAAUUACUGGUGAUACAAAUCCUGGUGAAGGUGAAGAAAGAUUACAGCGUAUUGCUUUCAACUCUCGUUACUUGCGUCUGGGUUUACAAAGAUUGGGUUUCAUUGUAUAUGGUGCCCCUGAUUCUCCUGUUAUUCCAAUGUUAUUAUAUUGUCCUUCUAAGAUGCCUGCUUUCUCAAGAAUGAUGCUUCAAAGAAAGAUCGCUGUCGUCGUUGUUGCCUAUCCUGCAACUCCAUUGAUCGAAUCAAGAGUUAGAUUCUGUAUGUCUUCCUCUUUGACUAAGGAAGAUAUUGAUUAUCUAUUGCGUCACGUGAGUGAAGUUGGUGAUAAGUUAUUUUUAAAGGUAAGUUCAGGUAAAGCCUCUGUUCCAGAAGAUGGAAGACCACCAAGAUGGGAUAUUGAAGAAGUAUUGAGAAAAACUCCAGAAGAUUGUAAAGAUAGUAAAUUCUUCUCAAUUUAA